AUGGUCCUUCAGUCCCCAGAGGCGGCGUUCAUAAUUCUAUCUGCGCUCUCGCCCUCCCUUGGAGACCACCUUGCGCUGGCGGGCAAGCUCCGGGCGCGGAUCGCAUCCAGCAGAGGCGCGAAAUGGGCUCUGGGCAUCAUCGUCUUCGCCCUGCUGUUCGUCGUGAUGGACCCCUGGAUGGUCCUCACCGGCCGAGACACCGCAGGAACCCCAUAUAGCCUGCUCGGGGUCACGCCUGUCUGGUUUGACGACGAGAUCACUCACGCAUACCACGCCGUCAUCGCCCGCAUAGCGCUGCUGGGCCCGCAGGUCGGCGGGAUCCCCGGUCUCGUCGUCGACCCGCUCCGGGCGUACCAUGAUGCCUACCUCACCCUGAUCGAUCCGCUCCGGCGGUGCGUCUACCACCGGGACACUGGCAUCCCGGACUGGUACGGCGUUCCGGCCACGUGCUGGGGCAGUCUCGCCGUCAACAGGCUGCGGGCCGCCCAGCGGCUCGUCCGCGCGCGGCUGGGCGGCGAUGAUCCGCUUCCGCACGCGACCGCGGCGUUGCGGCUGCUCAAGGCGAGGUUUCGGUUUGCCGCCGGCGGCGCCGCGGCGGCAGUCGAAGCGGCCCCGAAACACCCGGCGACGACGGCAGGACAGACUCUCUUGGCUUGGCAGCAGGCCGUCCUCUCGAGCGCUUGGGGGGAAUGUCUGCGGUGGCUCGGGAUUACCAAGCGGGCCGCGGCUCUAACUCUGUCCCUGUUUCGGUUGUCCUGGAAGUACCGGAACUGGCUCCGCCCAUUCCUUCCAGUACUCCUCAAGGCCAGCCAACUCGAAGAGUGGGCUGCUUCGCACCCGGCACGGGUUAUUAUGACCUCCGCUGUCGUCGCUCUCGCCCUUGUCUCGGGAACUGUCAUCUGCUACGUCUCGCCUGACAGAUUCGAGAGAUACAGGAUAAGAAAACAGAGAGCAGGCGGUGGCAAACGCCAGCAGAACGUUGAGCACGAAAGUCCUCAAUCUCUGAGAGCAGUAUUAUCACGAGUAAUUGUGAUUCUCGACGGCCGGAAUUAUUAA